AUGGCGCUGGUGAUGGAGCCGGUCAGCAAGUGGACGGCGAGUCAGGUGGUGGACUGGAUGAAAGGCUUGGACGACUGCCUGCAGCAGUAUGUGUGCGUGUUCGAGCGCGGCGGCGUGUGCGGCGAGCGACUGCUGCGGAUCAGCCACGCCGAGUUAGAAGACUUGGGGGUGUCCCGCAUCGGGCACCAGGAGCUCAUCCUGGAGGCCGUCGACCUGCUCUGUGCGCUGAACUCGGGCCUGGAGACGGAGAGCGUCAGGACGCUGGCUCACAAACUGGGCGCCUCGGCCAAAAACUUGCAGAACUUCAUAUCGGGCCGGCGCCGAAGCAGUCAGUCGGAGAGCAGGACGUCAAGGAGGCUCCCCAACGACCUACUCACCUCCGUGGUGGACCUCAUCACAGCCGCUAAGAGCUUGCUAGCAUGGUUAGACAGGUCUCCUUUUGCUACGGUGGCAGACUAUUCGGUAACCCGGAAUAAUGUCAUCCAGCUCUGCCUGGAGCUCACCACCAUUGUGCAGCAGGACUGUACGGUGUUCGAGACUGAGAAUAAAAUCCUGCAUGUGUGCAAGACUUUAUCUGAGGUGUGCGAGCACAUCGUUUGCGUGUCGUCAGACCCGGUGGUUUCUCAGUCGGCCCACUUGGAGCUGGUCCACCUCACCAACGUGAAAGCAUCCGAAGGCCUGGGAAUGUACAUCAAGUCGACUUACGACGGCCUUCACGUUAUCACCGGAACGACGGAAGGGUCUCCGGCCGACCGCUGUAAGAAGAUCCACGCGGGAGAUGAAGUCAUUCAAGUCAAUCAUCAGACCGUGGUGGGCUGGCAGCUCCGCAACCUGGUGGGUUCCCUGCGGGCCGACAAGGGCGUGGUGUCCCUGACGCUGAAGAAACGCCCGCAGAGCACCCUCAGCUCAGCCCCGGCUCUGCUCAAGAACAUGCGCUGGAAGCCGCUAGCCCUGCAGCCAACCAGAAGCCCGGGCAGCAGCUCGGCCACGCCGUCAGGCACCCCUACCAAGACAUCCGCCCUCCAAGACCUUUAUAUUCCACCUCCGCCCAUGGAGCCAUACGCGCCAAGGGACGAGACAAACACCUCGUCCGGAGAAGAGGCGUCUCGCAGCCACAGCGGCGUGGCCAAGCGAUCCGACUCGCCCAACUCUUUCCUGGAUCAAGAAUCCCGGCGGCGGGAAGACGACGAGCCUGUUUACUGCACCACGCCGACAUACGGCAGGCUCAGGCCAAUCUCCAUGCCAGUGGAGUGCAACUGGGGGGGCGACUAUGAAGACCCCGCCAAGCUUCACCGAGAAAGCCACCGAGAGGCAACGCUGAUGCGCUACGUAGGCCUGACGGGUGUCGACGAGCGGCCCGUCUCCGACGACUACGCCUCCCAUACUGCGCGUCCGGGCAAGCGCACCAACGACACGGCCAAACGUGCGAAAAGGCGGAGCCACCACAGCCAGAGCCCUUCCCACUACAUUCUCCAAGCCAAUCAGAGAGAGUCGCCACCGAGAGACGCCGCCUCCAUUUACCAUACAUAUCAACAGGCCUCCUCGUUGCAGACAAAGACCAGGAAGAAAUAUAAAGGACGAAGUUUAGCAGGUCUGAGUCGCCGUCGAGUUUCCUGCAAGGCACUGGGUCGAGGUGAUUGCGAAGGCUGGCUGUGGCGCAAAAGAGAUGCCAAGGGUUACUUUUCUCAUAAAUGGAAGAAGUACUGGUUCGUCCUGAAGGACAACUGCCUUUACUGGUACAUCAACGAAGAGGACGAAAAAGCAGAGGGCUUCGUCAGUCUUCCAGAAUUUAAAAUCGACCGUGCCAGCGAAUGCCGAAAAAAGUUUGCUUUCAAAGCGUGCCACCCAAAAGUCAAGAGCUUCUUUUUUGCGGCGGACGGCGUAGAUGACAUGAACAGAUGGCUGAGUCGACUCAACAUGGCUGCCGUGGGCUACGCAGAGCGGGAAAGGAUUCGCCAAGAGCAAGAUUACUGGAGUGAGAGCGAACACGAGGACGAGGCUCCAUCAAGCCCCAAACAGGACAGCCCCCCACCCCCAUACGAUACGUACCCGCGCCCCCCGUCGAUGAGCACUUACACCGAAGGCCGAACGACGCGACUGUCUUCCACCGAGACGUCGCGAUCCCGCUCGUCCCAGGAAGACUUCCUUUGCGGCGAACCCUCUGCCGCUGAGCCGCAGUACCACCCGUGCCCCGUGGGGGGCGGCACCGUGCACAGUGGCAGGAGGCCGGGCGGCAGCAACAGCAGUGACGUGGCGUUCCGAUGUGACCCAGUGGAGUACCGCUCCAGUCCAGCAGGGGGCAGCAGCGAGACUGGCUCGCCGGGACGCUCGUCGUCGUCACAGAGACGCUCGUGGCAGGACUUGAUCGAGACGCCGCUGACGGAAGCCGGGCUGCACUACUUGCAGACAGGACCGCUCGAAGAUGCCGUCUUUGUCGAGCCCUUUCCGCCUGUGCCGAUGCCCAUGUCUGCCGGCGCCGUCUACACGCUCCCCGCUCCAAGGAGUGUCCCUUUGCCCGCGGCAAUGCAGCGACUGGUUCCCGCGCCGACCGAAGGCGGGAAACCCCGCAGUUACACGUUGCCACGUGACAGCAACCUCCACACAUUGCUAGCGCCGCCUGCCAGGGAGGAGCGACGCCCGCACGGCGGUGGCAGCGAGGGCGCGUCGCUAGGCGACCUGUUCCGUGCAUGCGAGCAGGGCGGCGUGAGUCCGCUGGGCCGGGAGGCGGAAACCAAAGGCCAAUCUGAGUUCAGGCAGUCCUUCCUGCGGCGGACCGCCGACCCGCAGCUCAACGAUCGGCUGCACCGGCUGCGCAUCCUCAACUCCACGUUGAAGGACAGAGAGGGGGAGCUAGCGCUGAUUGACAGGCUCUUGGCCCACCCACAGCUGUCGUCCGCAGAGUUCCAGGAGUGGAAGCGAGCUUAUCAAGAGCUCUUCUCGCAGGCGCCCGACGAGGACCGACCCGAGGCCGAACCUGAGCCCGAGCCACCCACCACGCCCUCGCUAGCCCACACUCACUCUUAUAUCGAGACGCACGUCUGA